GCAGUUUUUUGGGCACCUCUACGGAAGUAAAUACAAAAAUGUCAUCAGUAUCAGAAGCGUGAAAGUAAUCUCUCUCUUUUUUUAGCUAACGUUAGCUAAUUGUUGGGCGAAAAAGAAAUGGAUCGAUUUGUGUGGGCAAAUGGGCUGCUGGAGAUGAACGAAACCUUGGUGAUCCAGCAAAGAGGUGUUAGAUUAUAUGACGGAGAUGAAAAGGCGAAGCUUGAUGUCGGGGUUGUCCUUUUAAGUACGCAUCGAUUAAUCUGGAGAGAUCUCAAGAACCACGAGUGCUGCAUGGCUAUACCCCUGUCCCAGGUCAUCUUCUUUGAGGAGCAAGCAGCUGGAAUUGGAAAGAGUGCAAAGAUUGUUAUCCACCUGUAUCCUGUCUCCCCCAACAAGGAGCCAGGGCCCUAUCAAGUGAGCAAGUUUUCCUACAUUAAGCUGUCCUUUAAGGAACAUGGGCAAAUAGAGUUCUUGCGGCGACUGACCGAGGAGAUGACCCAAAAGCGAUGGGAGAGGACCCCGGUGUCCCAGGCUAUGCCCACUGCUACAGGACCUCAGGCAGGAAGAACCCGCGCCGUGGGGAUUGUGGGCAUCGAGAGGAAGCUGGAGGAGAAGAGGAAAGAAACAGACAAAAACAUUUCAGAGGCCUUUGAAGACAUGAGCCAGCUGAUGGUGAAGGCCAAGGAGAUGGUGGAGCUGUCCAGGUCCAUCGCCUCCAAAAUCAAAGAAAAGCACGGGGACAUCACAGAGGAUGAGACGAUCCGGUUCAAGUCCUAUCUGCUGAGCAUGGGCAUUGCCAACCCGGUCACCAGGGAGACGCACGGUUCGGGGACGCACUACCACAUGCAGCUGGCCAAGCAGCUGGGGGACAUGCUCCUCGCCCCUCUGGAGGAGCGUGGAGGUAUGAUGGCUCUCACUGAGGUCUACUGCCUGGUGAACCGUGCCCGAGGGAUGGAGCUGCUCUCUCCGGAGGACUUGGUGAAUGCCUGUAAGAUGUUUGAUCCUCUGAAGCUGCCUCUGAGGUUGCGCAUAUUUGACAGCGGGGUAAUGGUGGUGCAGCUACAGUCCCACAGCGAAGAGGAGAUGAUCGCCUCUGCGCUGGAUAAUGUGUCUGAGAAGGGGUCGCUGACCUCGGAGGAAUUCGCCAAGCUUCUGGGACUGUCUGUUCUCCUGGCUAAAGAGAGGUUGCUGCUGGCUGAAAAGAUGGGCCAUCUCUGCAGGGACGACUCUGUGGAGGGCCUGCGCUUCUACCCCAACCUCUUUGCUUAAUUUCCCGGGGCACUCAGACAGUGCUGCCAGCACACCGCCCCUGCAACACUUUGCGGCCCUUUUCUUUCUGGUGCUCCAGAGUCUGUUAGAGCUCUCACGGACUGGGGAGGAGCCCGCAUCUCAGUCCCCACCUCGCUUUGAGCCGAACGUGCCCUUUUCUGAACGCGGUCACUCAUGGGAAAUCGAUCAGACAUCGAUAAGGAGAUCUGUUUUACCUCGCUUCGAGAGAAUAAGAUAACGCCUCUGUUGUAUAUGCGGUUUCAUUGCGUGAUGAAUAUGUAUGGUUGUAAUGAGGACCCCUAGCCUCCAUAGGGGAAAUUAUAAUUUCCCCUUCCCUAAGGCCUAUGCAGUUGUAAGCAAUGUUCAAGUCCUAGGGGGAUUGGGCUGUGGUCACUUUGGUAGGAAAUAUUUUUGCCAGCAAUAGGACUGAACUUUAUGGGCUUGUUAUAACUGGGUGGCUUACGAAAGUUUUGGCUAGUUCUUCUCAAAACCCAUUUUUUUAGAGUUUACAGGGAUAUCAAAUCAUGUCGUUUUUCCCACGCCUGGUUUCAGUAGUACCCGUGGUUACUAAGAGAAAUCGGGUCACAAGGGCUGAUUUGAGUAGCUUCCAAUGCUGUAUACCAACCAUAUCACUCCAUUUUACCUUCUGUUGACUUUUGUAAGUGAAGGGACUUCCCUCUGAGGUCUGUUAUCUGCAUUGGUACUGUUCAGUUCAAUGAAUUUCAUGGGUGAAAUAAACAAUGUUUUGGCAAUCA